AUGAAGAAUCAUGUGAAGACAUUGCUCCGGGAGCGCCUUGCUACGUGUAUGGCCCCCCCGCCUGAUGGCCAAACGCGGGAGGAAUUUCGUAUGGCAUACCUCGAGCACAUUGCCAACGUGGCUAUCGCAGUGACUUAUGUUGGCCCCGAGCGCCCGGGAGGCCGUCUGCGCAAGCGCGGCCGUACGAGAGCGCGGAUCUAA